GGUGGAGGACGCCGAGGUCGGGACAGACGCCGCGUCGACGUCUGGCUGAGUCGUGCUCGAGCUGAAAAGAGAACGGUGUAAUGAUCUCUGUGUCAUCGAUUUUUUGUUUGUUGUUUCUUUGCAUUAUUUGUAGAAAGUGAUUUCAAAACAAGAAAGGGCGAGCGUGACCGCGGAGAGGCGAGCUACUGAGUAAGAGGUGUUGCGAUGUGGAGUGUAGAAAUGUGUUUUAGUUUCGAGUUUUUCACGGUGUGGUGUGUUAGGGGAGGUGGAUAGUCCCUUGCAAGAAUCAAACAUUCAUAUAUAGUCCCCAUUCAGAAACGGGUGCGGCGUCAAAUAUGAAAGCGAAAUUUAAAUCUCAUAUCGUAAUAAUUCUAGUUAUUUUCCUGCCGACUUUGUCGUGCCUCGUGCAAAAUGAAAGAACGCAGUGGACGAAGGCGCGUGCCUUUGGGAACGCUAGCAAUACAUUUCGAGUGCGUCUCAACAAGAGAACGACUGGAAAUGGCUCUAGUCCUUCCACCGCCGAAGGACAUGACACCAGAGAGCCAGAGGAGAGCUCGACUACCCGAGGGCCACCACCCACUGCGCCGGACGCGCCCUCGACGUCUCCAGAAAGCGAUCCUCGGCCCCAGCGUCCUGCCUCGACCGCGUACGCCUCGAGGGCAGCGCACCCCUUCCUGUGGACCCGGGAGCUCAGCGGGGAUGCCGGUCACUGCAUCCUGUGCGGGGAUUCCUGCACUAACGAUGAUUUUGGCCGGAAGUACCAGUGGCGAAUGUUGACGGAGACAGGCAGCAGCACGGUAGAGGGCCUUCUAAACUUCGUCGACCAGUAUAUCUGCACUGAUGGAGCCAAGCGCAUAGGCCUUGAGACUCCCGAAGAAAAGCAGUUCCUCAUUGACUGCUUUUUAUGCCAUCCAAACAGCGGAUUCGGAGCUUCCCAAAUAAAAGGCAACAUUCUGACCAGCGCCAAGGUCACGGUGGCAAGAGAUGACCUCAGUUUGGAAAAUGUCCUUGAAGAGAGUUUUGGCACGUGGCACGGCUGGGGAACACGCGUCCACCGCAUGGCGCCCACCGUCAUCAGAAUCGACCCCGCCACGGGCCAGCAGGUAACCUCGGGCCUCGUCCCUCGGGGCGACUACACCUUGGUGCUGGUGGGGCGGGACCAGCCUGUCUCGAGAACUCCUUGGGAGAAUUCACAACCUACCAGACUUGGGGACUCCUUCCCUUCGACGGUAAAAAUCCGGCCAUAGAGGUACUCAUGCAUACUGUCUGUGAGAAGGUUGUUGCACAACCUUCAACAACCCCCAAGUCUACAACAGAAACCACUACGCCUACGGCCACGAGUGAAGAAAUUACAACUGACGAACCUACAACUAGU